AACCGUAUUCCUCCUUGUACACAAUAAACAAAAUGAACGUUAACACAGAGAGACUUGUCACACUUAUAUCUCAGCUUCAGUAUCAGCUGGACUCAACAAAACGGGAACUUCAAUUAGAAAGAGAAGAAAAAGAAAAUGCAUUAACAAGGUUGAGUGUGAUAGCCGGAUCGAAGCUCACUUAUAAUAAUCCAGCCAUAUCCGACUUAUCUGAUGUAAACAGACCUCAGAAAAUUGGUGAAAAGUUUAAUGAACUAUAUGACAAUCAAUGGACUGAUUCUGUAGAUAUUCUCUCAGAAACCAUGGAUGAGAAAGAAGCGGUUCUAAAAAUUCGAGCAGUACUUGAGUAUGUUUACACGAAAACAAAAAAUGCAUCUGAGGAACAGUAUCGAAGCUUACAGAAUGCACUAUUCCAGAGAGACUUGCGGAAUUCGGAGACAAAGAAUUUCAUUGAAAUUUACAAGAAAAUUAGUGAAUUACAGAAGGAUGUGUCUGAGUUGUCAAUCAAAAAUGCCAAGCAGUUUCUGAGAGAAGAUUCGGACUUCAUGUUACCAUUUGAAAUCGUAAUGAAUUGUUGUGAGCCAUUUGUGGACACGUGUGUAGAACUUUGCUGGAUGAUGCACGUACAGGAUCCACCUAUGGUUUUAGAGUUUGGUUCAUCAGAAAUAGUAGAUAAAAACAUGUUCAGAUUUUUUACAAGAACUGGUGACAUUGUUGACUUCGUUGUAUGGCCUGCUGUUCUGUUGCAUGAGAACGGACCUCUCGUACAGAAGGGUGUUGUUCAACCCAAGAAAUCGUCAAAGCGGAGAUAGUGUCUGUGGAUAUUUAAUAUGCGACGUGAAUAAUUCUAUAACAUUUUCCAUACAAUUAUGUGCCAACGUUUCAACUUUCUUUAUACAGCAUUUUAGUUAUUUGAUUAGGCCUAAUUUUUUUUUAAUU